AGUACAGAGUACGCGUUGAUAUCUAAUCCGAAAACGAAAUUACAGUAACCUGGAUUUGCUCAGGGGAGAUUCCUUUGAGGCAGACGGUGGAGGAGUUUGGGAAAGAAAGGGAUUCUGCUCUGAACUGAGAGACUGAGCGAAGAAGAAGACGAUAGAUCUUGGGCGAGUUUUACCUUGAGAGUGAGCUAUGCCAUGGAAUAUUAGUGAGUGCGUGCAUGGCUCCACCACCUCGAUGGCAGCCUGUCUCGUGACUCGUGCAUCCAUCACCUCAGCUCUAACACAAGAGACAUCAACUGGGUUGUUUUCUUUCCUUCCCCUCCUCGAAAAUCAGUUACUUGUUAUUCUCCUUUUAGUUUUGGUUAUUCUUGACUUCUUUCUCUUCUCUCUGUGCUCUGUCAAACAAUUAAUAUAAGGACAGAGCUUUAACGGCAAGAAUUUCAUAAACCCAGAACCCCAAUUCUUGAGAUGCACAGACAGAAACAGUAGAACAAAGACAAAGAUCGAUUAAAAAAAGGAGAAAAAAACGCGUUAACCCAUCUUUGAAACGUUGGAUGGAGAAGUUCUUGGGUGGGUCAAGAGUCAGACAGGACAACUGGAAGGAAAAAAAGAGUCGUCGUGGUCUUUGUUCCCGCGGUUGCUUGUGAAUUUGUGGUGGUUGGGUAGGCAGUAAUAAAUGGUAGUUUAAUGCUUUCUUUAAUGCUUGUACCGAUUAAAUAUAUAGAAAGAGGAGUAGGGAAAGCACGUGGUUCUUCUAUUGCUCGCAAAUCGCAAUGGUGAAUAAGGAUUUAAUUUUGGAGACUGUAAUUAAAUUGGUUCUCACCUGCUCUCUUUCUCUCUUCCUUCUCUGGCAAUGCACAUCUAGCUGGCAAUAAUGACCUUCAACUGGUGUCUCUUCUGAUUGAAGACUUGAGAGCUCUGGCUUGCCUUGGAUUCUCCCUCCCUCUCUCUCUCAGUCUCUUCUCCCCUCUCAAACCAGCCUCUUGAAGCUCUGAAAGUUGGAAUCUAUCUUAGUUCCUCAAUUCAGUUUUGAACAAGGAAAAUUUGUUCAUUCUUUUUUCUUUCUCACAGAUCCAAGAAGAUUCUCUACCACUGUGGGUUGUCAGCUUUGUGCCAAUCGGAGGUUCAGUUUCUGCGCUCGAAAGAUGCCACACUUCUGAGGUAAGGAGAGAGAGCCUUGAUGGGUUCCUGUGCUUUUCCACUUUCAGAGCUUCUCACCGUUGUUUCUUGAAAGAGGGAGGUUGUUGGGAGCAUAGUUAGGACGAUGUUGUUGUUUCGUAGUGAUCCUGGUCAUUUUCUCAUUCUCGAAGCUUAUUCGUUAAGAUCAUCGGAUGCUGGAGUUGCAGUAGCCACCGCUGGGUUUUGAUGGCUCCGGCGUAGACAAUGCCGGAAGAUUAGAUUCUUUUAAUUUAUUCGUCUCUGAGUAUGCGAACAUGAGAAGAUUCCCGCGAUGUUUUUCUCGGGUUCUUCUUUUCUUCUUCUUUGGGUUACUGAGAUCUAUGGUCUCUCCGGAGACGGAGAAGGAGAUCUUGCUCCAAUUCAAAGGGAACGUCUCCGAUGAUCCAUUCAACAGCUUGAGCUCUUGGGAUCCCAACGGAAGUCCCUGCCGAGAUUUCCGUGGCGUAUUUUGCAAUCCCGAAGGGAAUGUGGAGAAAAUAGCUUUGUGGAACACCAGCCUCGCCGGAGUUUUAUCGCCGAGCUUAUCCGGCCUGAAAUCUCUCAGGAUAAUAUCUCUGUAUGGGAAUCGGUUUACGGGCAACAUCCCACAAGAAUUUGCACGGAUUACGACUCUGUGGAAGCUCAAUUUGAGCAGCAAUGCGUUAUCGGGAUCGAUUCCGGAGUUUAUCGGCAAUUUUCAGAAUCUUCGCUUGCUAGACUUGUCAAGGAAUAGCUUUACUGGAGAAAUUCCUUCGGCUCUGUUCAAGUAUUGCUUGAAGACUAGGUUCAUCUCUCUCUCGCACAACGGCCUCUCCGGUUCAAUUCCCUCCGUACAGAACUGUUUGAAUCUCGAGGGUUUUGAUUUUUCUUUCAACAAUCUCAGCGGAAGUUUUCCCGCACAGAUUUGUACUCCUCCUAGAAUAGCCUAUCUGUCUGUAAGAAGCAAUUUUCUCUCGGGGAACGUUCCCGAGCAGAUUCUAUCUUGCCAAAGCUUGGAGCUUCUUGAUCUCGGUAGCAAUUUGUUCACUGGGUCUAUCCCUUUUGAUGUCCUCGGAUUGAAAAAUAUCAGUUUUUUCAGUGCAUCAGUUAACCGAUUUCAGGGCAGGAUCCCGGAGAUCAAAACCUGCAGUGAUCGACUGGUAGUUUUUGACAUUUCGAAAAAUGAGUUAAGUGGGCAGAUACCUACUAGCAUCGCCAACUGCAGAAGCUUAAGGGUUUUGGAUGUAGCGUCUAACAUGCUGAGUGGGAGCAUCCCGGUGGAAAUUGCAGACUUAAAGAGGCUUUCUGUUCUCAGGUUGGGUAAUAAUGCCAUUGACGGAAGCAUCCCGCCAGAGCUUGGGAGCAUUGAUCAGCUUCAAGUUCUGGACCUGCACAACCUUCACCUUGUUGGGGAAAUCCCUAACGAUCUAAGCAAUUGCAGAUUUCUGCUUGAGCUGGAUGUUUCGGGCAAUGGCUUACAGGGAGAAAUUCCUCAGACCCUCUACAACAUGACAUACUUGGAAAUUCUUGACCUGCAUCGCAACCAGCUCAACGGAAGCAUUCCGUCCACUCUAGGGAAUCUGUCGAGGAUCCAAUAUCUCGAUCUAUCGGAGAAUUCGCUAUCUGGGUCAAUCCCGGACUCCCUUGGAAAUUUAAAACUCUUAACUCAUUUCAACCUCUCCUUCGACAACCUCACUGGCGUCAUUCCUUUGAGUAGCAAUAUCCAGCUUUUUGGCGCCUCAGCUUUCUUCCAUAAUCCGGGGCUCUGUGGCUCUCCUCUGGAUGUACCUUGCUCUGCAAAUACAGAUGACACCCCAUCAACGGAAAAAGCCAGGGUGCUAAGUGUUUCAGCUAUAGUUGCCAUUGUUGCUGCUGCCGUGAUCGUCGCCGGAGUCUGUGUGGUCUCCAUCAUGAACAUCAGGGCUCGUAGUAGGAGGAGAGAAGAGGAGACAAUGGUUGUGGAGAGCACCCCACCAGCUUCAACAGAUUCACAUCUCAUUAUUGGGAAGCUGGUUCUCUUCAGCAAAAGUUUGCCAUCAAGGUACGAAGAUUGGGAAGCAGGCACCAAAGCUUUACUUGACAAGGACUGUUUAAUUGGUGGUGGGUCAAUUGGGACUGUUUACAAGACCAGUUUUGAAGGUGGGAUCUCAAUUGCAGUGAAGAAGCUCGAGACACUGGGAAGAAUCAGGAACCAAGAUGAAUUCGAGCAGGAGGUUGGACGAUUUGGAAACCUUCGGCACCCAAAUUUGGUUGCUUUCCAGGGCUACUACUGGUCAUCUACCAUGCAGCUAAUUCUAUCUGAAUUCGUUCCCAAUGGUAAUCUGUAUCAGCAUUUACAUGGAAAUGGUUAUCCUAGGGCCAGCAGUAGCAAUGGUGGGAGCGAGCUGAACUGGUCCAGAAGAUUCCAGAUUGCCCUUGGGGUUGCAAGAGCCUUAGCUUACCUCCACCAUGACUGUAAACCCCAAGUUCUGCAUCUGAACAUCAAAUCCACCAACAUACUUUUGGAUGAAUGCUACGAAGCCAAGGUAUCUGAUUAUGGGUUAGUCAGGUUGCUGCCCAUGUUGGGUAAUUAUGGUUUGACCAAAUUCCACACCGCUGUUGGGUACGUUGCACCGGAGUUGGCCUGCCAAAGCCUAAGAUUCAGUGAUAAGUGUGACGUUUAUAGCUUUGGAGUUAUCUUGUUAGAGCUGGUUACAGGGAGGAAACCAGUAGAAAGUCCAGUAACAACGGAGGUGGUGGUUCUGUGUGAAUAUGUUAGGGGAUUGUUAGAGAACGGAACGGCUUCAGAUUGCUUUGAUCGAAGCUUGCGGGGUUUUGCCGAGAACGAGCUGAUACAGGUUAUGAAGUUGGGGCUGAUCUGCACCUCUGAGGCUCCAUCAAGGAGACCAAGCAUGGCAGAGGUUGUCCAGGUUCUCGAGUCUAUUAGAUCUGGCAUGUUAUCAUAGUUGACUAAAGGAUUGAAAAGAAGGGGCUAGACUAUUGAGGCCAACCGGGGAUGGAUUGGUAAGGGAAGGGAGUGAGCAGAAAGAGAGAGAGAGAGAGAGAGAGAGAGAGGUCCUACAAGGUCUGGUUGUUGGGUUGGUGUAGAGAUGUUAACUGAGAUUCUGGGAAAGAUGAACGGACCCCAACGGAUUUUAGAAAAGAGGGGCGGUAGUGGUGGCAUAGGAAAAGAAAUUCUUUUUUAUUCUUUUCUGUGGUUAUCAGUACUCUCAAUUGUUAUUAUAGCCAAUUAGCCAUUUUUCAUUGCUGGUUGCUGCAAUAAAAUCAUUUGAUUCAUGAAUUUUAGUGGUAAAACUUGAAUAAAGAAAGAGAUAAACUCUAACCCACUUUGUGCCGUUGCGUUGGAGACUGGGAGUUGCCAACUCUCUGAGACACGCAAAUGGAGUCAAUGCCAAACUCCCUGAGGUCCAAGUAGAGAAAACUUGGCAUGCCAAACUCACAUAGUGCUGUUGGACCAGAACAUGUUGAAGUUGGUUGUAAAUUUGCUAACCCACUUCUGGGUUUUGACUGAAUUUAACGUCUAACAAUUUAUAAAGCCCCAGAAGGAUCAUGGGCUUGUCGUGGUUGAUUGUUCAGAGAUGGCAGAAACCGACUUCUCUCAGUCCUGUCCUCGGCAACAAGAGAGUCAAAAGGGUUCAAUUCCGUUUGUUUGGGAAGAAAAGCCUGGGACACCCAAGAAAGAGUGGAAAUGGAAGCCUGAGCCUGAGGCUGUUCCAGUUCCGGUUAGCACGGUUCCAUCUCCGGUGAAGCUUAUUGUUUCUGUUCCCUUCAAAUGGGAGGAACAGCCUGGAAAACCACUCCCUUGUUUCUCCCAGCGGCAGGUGGAGGUGAAUGUGGUAGAUUCACGAAUUCUUCCUCUUCCUCCAGCAAGAUUCCUAUGUUUUCCAUCCCCUUCCUUACUCCCUUCUAGCUCAUCUCCAAACAAAUCGGUUACCAUGUUCUCAGGGAGAAGGAACGAUGAUCAUGAUGAAUGGAAGGGAGAUAAAAGACAUGGAGCAUUUGAAUUAGACCUUGCAGAGUUUGGAAUUGGCACGGAUGACUCGUUCAACAAAGCUCCUUCCUUACUAGAUAGUCGUAUUACACAAAUGGCGGCGAUAUCUAGCACAGUUCCGGUGGUGCAUCAUUGGACUUUAGACAAGGAAACAACUGGACACGAAACCCCUACCACACCAGCUUCUGAAGCAGAUGAUGAUUCAAGUAGCUAUGCCAGUGGAAGCUCCAGCCUUGUGGGAUCUCCUUUCCUAGAGCGUCUAUUCCCAUCCAUUUCAUCAGAUCCUGGUUUUCUUGACAAGGUUGGCUAUCACGAGAAGAGUUCCCCUGUCAUCACUCUGGAACAACAGGCCGAAGAACUGACCGAAAAUAAUUUCAGCCAUAUUGUUGAAAGACCACCCACACUGGGAGAACUGAUGUUAAUGAGCCGUAGAAGUAAUGGGAGGUCUGUUGACACAAGGAGGCGGAGUCCUACCAUGGAAUUCAUAAAGAAGAGAGCAUUUGGGUGCUGCAUGUUUGCAACUGGUGGCAACAAUAUGAAUGGAUUGCAGAUGAGGCAACAAAGGCACAACAUGCUGCAGCUGGUAUAGCAUAGGAACAUGCUGUAGCUCUCUUUAUCAUUCUCUUCCAAAUCACCUUGACUUUCACCUUCUCUAUCAUUGGAGAAGAGCAAUGUAGACUUUUUUUCUUUUUAUCAUCAAGAACAAUGUACACGUUAUCAUGAGGUUUGUAAUGCUUUUAUAUUUCAAAAACCAUAAUAAACUUGAUGUAGCUCAGCUUCUUGCUUUCUA